AUGCUCGUCAACAAAGACUUUAACCUUCAAGUGGAGGAGGAUAACCCCCCAGUGAGCCGACUGACUGCUGCCAGCCCGUCUGGACCUCCACAGGGUCGAGCCAGGACAGCCAUGGCCAAGAGAGACUACCUGGUGGAGGCAGCCAAGCAGAUCCGCAUGGCUCUGGACAGGGAGGUCAGUGAAGACUAUGAGGCUGCCUUCAGCUACUACAAGAACGGGGUUGACCUGCUGCUCAAUGGAGUUCAAGUGGACCCUAACAAGGAGCGCCGGGAGGCAGUGAAGAGGAAGACUACUCAGUAUCUAAAGAGGGCAGAGGAAAUCUUUAUCUCCCACCUGCAGGACAACCUGGGGAAGGGGAACUCUCACUUAGGGGGUUACAGUAGUCUGAGAUUCCGGCCAAUCAGACACCUGAGCUCCCCAGUGGAGGAUCUGGAGAUGUGUAAAGUGGUGGGGAUCAUCGAUAAGGUCCUGAUUGUCCAAAGCCUGAUUACCAAGGAGAAAUUUGUUGUUAAAAGCCUGCCCAAGUCGAGCUGGGAGAGCCGGGACCAGCCCACUAUCAUCCCCCAGGGGGUCCCCUUCAUGGUGAAGCUGCUGAGGUACUAUGUCAGUGAGGAUGCUGUGUACCUGCAUCUGGAGCAUGUUCAAGGUGGGAAGCUUUUCUCCAAACUGCACAAGGUGAGGAACGACCGAGCCAAAGAGCACCCAGAAUGCUCCAGUCCCAGCCAGCACAGGAUCAAAAUGAAGAACAGCUACACCUCCCCUACCAUCAGCUCAGACUACCAGCAGAAUGACAGAAAGGGCACAGAGAAAACCUCUCUCCUGGAGACGGAGAACGAGGAGAGCCCAGACACAGACUCCCCGGCAUUCUGGCUCGAGGCUCAGCAUCGUCUAGAAAGCUGUAGGACCCACUCCUACUGCGAGGAGACAGGCUGCCUGCAGAACAACUCCAGGUCUGCAGCGCCACACACUCCGGCGACACAGCUCUCCUUAUCUAGUACUGGGACACAGCUGGGGAUCCAGCCAGGCACUUCUCUGGCCCUCACAGGGGUGAAGUAUCAGGUGGGGCCUCCUGGCAGAGAGCCAGUGGAGGAGGGCUGGGAGCUGCUGAGCCCUGUGAGUAAGGACCUCCCCCGAGAGAAAGGAUCACUAUGUUACCCCAACACCCCUGAUCCCACAGGGGCCUCCCCACAGUGCCGGAAGGGGGACAUGGAUGCUUUCCUAAAGUCAGAGGAAUCGGAUGGACAGGAUGAGGAUCAAAUCAUUGAGGUGGAUGGCUGGUGCCACCUACCCAAGUUCCCAGCCAAGGCCUCCAGAGGGAGAGACAGGGCCAGGCAAAGUAGCUGGGGGCUGCCUGAGCCAGACGUGCGUCUGUUGGGGGCUCAGAUCCUCCUGGCCCUGGAAAGUCUUCACCAGCAAGGUGUGGUGUGCCGAGACCUCAACCCAAAGAAUAUCCUGCUCACGAGCAAUGGAAAGGUCUGCCUGACAUUCUUUGGCCAGUGGAGUGAAGUUCAGUCAGAAAUCAACUCUAAAGCUAUGGACCAGAUGUACUGUGCCCCAGAGAUUGGAGGUGUGUCCAAAAUCACAGAGGCUUGUGACUGGUGGAGUCUGGGGGCAUUGCUGAUUGAACUUCUUACUGGAAUGCCCCUGUGGCAGUUCCACCCAGCCGGGGUGCAUUCUCACACCCAGCUCCUGAUCCCAGACCACCUGAGUACUGCAGCCGCCUCCCUGCUCACUGAGCUGCUGCAGUUUGAUGCUGGUUAUCGUUUGGGCUCUGGAGGCGGUGGUGUGAGUGACAUCAAGUGUCACCCCUUCUUCAAUGGUGUCUCCUGGAAGGCACUGUCAAGUUAACAUGCCAACAGACUACCUGUGUGUCUCUGGCCUAAAUGCAGCCUGAACUGUUCUGGGCAGCCACUGCCCCCUUGUGGCUAAAAUAGUUGAAGCCCCAGCUCUGGUGCUACUUCCUGAGCAUCUUACUUCCCAAAGAAAGAUGAUAGAUUGAUUAGAAGUGUAAUUCAGAGCAGCAGACACACAGCUAACAUGUCAACCCUGCAACAACCAACCUCCAUGUUUGAAUGAUAGAGGCUAGUGUAAACCUCACCUGUCCUUUUGACAUAUGGUAGGGCAAGAUGUUUUAAAGAUUAGUGUACUCUAUCAGCUGACUUUUGGGGUACUUCUGUUAUACAAAUGACAAGCAAUACUUAUGUUAAUAUACUGAACAAAAAUAUAAACGCAACAAAGUGUUGGUCCCAUGUUUCAUGAGCUGAAAUAAAAGACCCCAGAAA